AUGUCUUUGAAACAAAAUGAGACGAAUGUUUACUAUAAAACAUGCAUAUACCUGCCACCACGGGUGAAUUCCCAGAUACCAUGGUGGAAAAUUACAAAUUCAGACACGAUUUUAGUAAAUUCUUUGCCAGUGUUGCAGAUGCAAAUGUGCUUGAUCUUUUUUGCAACUUUUUGGUUUAAAUCUAUCUUGUCUCGUUUCGGAAUUCACAGGUUCACUUCUAUGAGCAUUGUUGGUCUUAUCUUGGCAGCUACAUUCAAUGAAAAUUGGACUAAAACGAUGAAGACCAUGUUCUUCUUUGAUUCACAGGAAAAUCUAGGACUAGUUUCAAUAUUUGGUUACAUGCUGUUCCUAUUCUACAUUGGAGUAAAAACAGAUAUGAGUGUAGUCCACAAAACUAGGAGUGGUGCCACCAACAUUGGUUCUUUAGCUAUAAUGGCUCCGUUUCUAUGUGGCAUGGCUACUCUUAGUUUUUUCUCAUCAAAACACCUUCAAUCUUACCAAACAAAAAUACUUGGAGUUGUCAUUGGAUUGUUCUCUAUGACCCCUUUCCCUGUAAUCUCCUCAACUUUAAGUGAUCUCAAGAUCCUCAAUUCUGAAUUGGGUAGAAUCGGGCAAUCAGCGUCAUUAGUCAGUGAAAUUUUCAGUGUCUUCAUAGCAUCAAUACUGACAUUUAGUAAAUUAAAUGAGGACCAUGGUUUAAUGAGGGCGUUGGUUUGCAUUGCGGCUGCUGUCUUGUUUAUACUCUUGGUUAUAUUCAUUAUCCGACCGUCGAUGUUUUGGAUUAUAAAACAGACGCCAGAAGGUUAUCAUGUGAGUGAUAACUACGUUUAUAGCAUACUCAUAGUAACAUUAUUAUCAUCCUAUGCUUCAAAUAGAUUUGGAUUCUUUGGUCUCUUUGGACCUUUUGUAUUGGGAAUGGCUAUUCCCGAAGGACCUCCAUUAGGCACUGCUAUUAUUAAAAAAAUUGAUACUUUUGUUAAUGGGAUUUUGAUGCCAACAUUUGUGACUACAUGUGCAAUGAGGGUAGAUUUGAAAGACUUGUUGUGUUGGAGAAAUAAAAUGGAUGGAAGUGUUGAUUAUUUUAUGGUGCAAGCUUUGGUUAUUGUUGCGGUUUGUUUUGUUUCUAAAUUUGUUGCUUGUAUGAUUCCUCCUUUACGCAGUGAAAUGCCAUUGAGUGAUGCUUUUUCUUUGUCUUUGAUUAUGAGUAGCAAAGGCAUUGUUGAAAUGGCUGCACUCUCUGUGGUCAGAGAUACUACAGAGCUACCUAAUAACAUAUUUGCGUUAUUGAUGGUAUGCAUCAUAGUAAACACAACUAUGAUUCCAAUGCUGUUGGGUUAUAUAUAUGAUCCAACAAAGAAAUACACAGGUUACACAAAAAGAAACAUAGCAGAUCUGAAAAGUAACUCAGAACUUAGAGUUUUAGCAUGUAUUCACAGACCAGACAACAUUCCAGCAACAAUAAAUCUUCUUGAAGCAGCAUAUCCAACAAAAGAAGAACCGAUAUGCACUUACGCACUUCAACUGAUUGAAUUAAUAGGAAGAGCUUCUCCUAUAUUCAUCAGUCACAAUCUUCAAAAAAAGAAGAAAUCGAAUUCAAACACAUCGAUGGCAGAGAAGCUUCUAGAAUCAUUUCAAAUAUUUGAAAAAGAGUUCAAAGAUUGUUUAGUUGUCAACACUUUCACAGCUGUAUCACCAGCAGAAAUGAUGUAUGAUGAUAUUUGUACAUUAGCACUUGACAAAUUUACAUCACUCAUUAUUCUUCCUUUUCAUAGAAAAUGGUCCUGCGACGGUGACUCGGUGGAGUUAGAGGACGAGUCGUUGAGGGACUUGAACUACAGAGUUAUGGAAAGAGCACCGUGUUCAGUUGGUGUGUUAAUUGAAAGAGCACAAAUGACACAUAUAUUCUCACCAGAAACACCAUAUAAUGUGUGUUUGUUAUUUAUAGGUGGAAAAGAUGAUAGAGAAGCACUUAUUUUGACAAAGAGAAUGACUAAGAAUCCACAUGUUAAGAUAACAGUGGUUAGAUUCAUGAGUUUAGAAGGUGAUUCAAAGGGUUGCUGGGAGGGUUUACUUGAUAAUGAAUUGUUGGAUGAGAUAAAGACAAAGAAUAAAGUUGGUGAUGUUAAUGUAAAAUAUGUUGAAGAAAGAGUGAAAGAUGGACCUGAAACAGCUUUGAUAAUUAGGUGUUUGGUAGCUGAAUUUGAUUUGAUUAUUGUUGGGAGACAAGCUGGGAUUGAAACACCUCAAACAUGUGGAUUGUUGCAAUGGAGUGAGUAUCCUGAACUUGGUGUUUUGGGAGAUUUGUUGGCUUCCACUGAUGCUGCUGGUAAAGCAUCUGUCUUUGUUAUUCAACAACAAAGAACAGCUAUGGAUUUUUAA